AUGAUCUUAUCCUCCGAGAACGAAACUCCAUCCUCAAGACUCCAAGAGACAAGCGACAACAGCCUCCUCCGCAAUGACCGACCCCUCGACAAUCCGCCCGUGGGCCUACACUUCGCCGGGCGAAGACAGCCCCCGCUGACCUUGAUCUGGGGGGUUCCGACCUUCUCGCCUGAGGCAAAGCACUGGGUUUCAUGCACCACUGGGCAGACUAUGGCCUUUGCCAAGGUCUAUGACGAGGGCGCACCGGGAGAACGGCUGGUCUGCCUCGACGCCGAGAUCAUCCGCAUCAGGUCUCAAACGACGGAUAUCUGUAGCCUACCCCGACAAGCCCUAAUCGAGUCAGUCCUGCAGGCAUACCAGUCCUCCCACCUCCGCAGCCGAUACCCGGUGGUGGAGCCCAUCCUGUUCCGAACUACAAUUGCCUCCGCAUAUAACCAGGACGGACUCACCCUGGACACGCGCAAUGCCAGUAGCCGAGCCUGUGUUUGCGCCUCCUUGGCCUUGAUUCCCUUGAUCUUGGAAGACUACCAUGCCCUCUCCCCGGCCGAGUGUGACACCUUCGCGACCAAGGCCAAAUGUCUCAUGGCGGAAGCGCUCAACGGGCCUCCCUCGUUGGACUGUUUACAAGCCGCCGUCAUGUUGAGCCUUCAUGGAAUGAUCACCAGAUCCCUUCAGACGGCAAUUUAUUUCAAUACCAUAGCGGCACGUUUGGUGUUCAUGCUGGGUGGACACAUCACUGAUCACGAGAUUGAUGCUUCGUCGCCAGAUUUUGACCCAUGCGCGGCCAGUCACGCCCGGAACCUAUUCUGGCUUUGUUACUUGACAGACAAAGGCUUGACCUUUCGUUGUGGUCAGCCGCCUGCAAUCGACGAUUCACAGUGUGACCUGCCCUUACCCCCCCACUAUACGCAAAACGUGUAUCCGACGGUCGGUCUUUCAACGCACGACCUUCCGGAUACCAUCAUCUUUCCAUUUGACAUUCGCCUGGCGAUGAUCAAGAGCAAGAUCUUUGCCAAUAUGUACUCGGCAUCAUCGCUCCGCAAGUCCCAGUACGCAAUCGAACAGAGUAUUCGCGAGAUUGAACAGAACCUCGGAAACUGGAGAAACUCGAUACCUCCUUCCUGGCAACCGCCCCCGGUUGGUCUUAUGACUGAGCAUGCGGUUACGCUUCGCCCGCCGCCUAACAUUCUCCUGACCUGGUUUGAGUAUUAUCAGUGCGCAUGCAUGUUACACUUGGUCCGCGGCCAUUAUGGGAUUUCGGUGGUCUCUGUGGAGGCCAGUCGACGGAUCCUCCGUCAUCUAGAAUUCGCUGUAUCCUUCCAAUCGUCUGAUGCCUCAUGGAUCGCUACCUUCUCCGUGCCCUUGGCCUCCAUCGUUGUCUUCUGGAGUAUCCUGCAGGAUCCAUCGAAUGCCUCCGCUCCAGACGAUGUCCAGCUACUCUUAUCGGCCAGCGGUUACCUUGCGACGUGUCACCGGACUCUUAGACUGCCGGCACCUAUCCUCCAACAUUUCACCUCCAUGUCCCAUUAUAUUGGGGAAUUCUACCGACUGGGUUUCGCGGCUACCUCGUCCUCGGUUCUGGUCCCGAAUAUUCACCUGCGGGCGCACUGA